AUGCAAUUCUAAAAUCUGUCUUACAAGGAUAAUAACUCUUUUGAAGAAAGAAAAGAGAAAUUUUAGAUAUAUUAAUAAAAACACCCAACUAAAAUUCCUUUAAUUAUAGAGAGGCAUCCAAAAUGUACUUUAAAAUUACUUGACAGACCUGAGUAUAUAUAUUAAAUAAUUUUAUAGAGUUUUAAUAGAUGAAACAUAAAAAGGAACUAAACUAUUGUAAAUAUUAUAAGAAAAGCUAUAAGAAAAUUCAAAAAAUUGCUCUAUUUUUAUUUUUUAUACAAAUACAAAUACCUAAUUCCCUCUUGAAUCAUAAAUGAAAGAAGCGGCCUAGAAUCAUAAAGAUGAAGAUGGGUUCCUCUAUCUAACCUACAAUAACUAAGAAACCUUGGGCUGA